AUGUGGAUUCUUUGGGGACGAUCCACGUUCCUUUCAGUUAAUCCAGCGUUGCGGUCAGUCUUGCCGGUUUUGGGUUUGGUAGAAUGCGAUGCUGUGAACUGUGCCGUCGUCUUUUGGUCAGCUCGUUGGGGCGUGGUGGGAAAGGGUGCCAACUUCUCCUCGGCUAGUUGUGACGCCAGAGGAGACCAGGCGGGACAAACAGCGGAGGCGAGAUUUCAGACGACUCACUGCAAGGAAGCACAUCAAGGCUCCCGGCUGAGCACUUCGGCAUUUUGGGUGCCGGUGUUCAUGUCGCUUCAAAUCUGGGUGGUGAUCUCGAGCCUCUUCGUUUUCACGGAGAACUCCUGGAAAUCGCCCUCCCAGGCCUUCUUUGCAUCGGUGCCCUCGUCCAUGUAUUGGACCUCUUCCUUCCUUAUAGGAGAGUGGACCCUAGCAGACUUUUCUCGAGGAGCUGGCUCCCGUGUCUGCAUCUGCACAGCUCUUUGUGGCACCACGGGUUUUGCGAUCCCCAUGGGCAUCCUCAUGGAGGGAGUCAAACAAUCGAUGGUCGUCGACAUGAUGGAGCGAAACAGUCACAGCGUAAAUCGACUUGCGGCCGCCGUCCACAGUGGAAUUCCCGUCGCCUGCCUUGGAGAUCUCAACGGGCUUCAGAUGAGUGACGAUCCCCCGGUCCUGAAAAGGGACGAUGCCUACUUUGACUUCGUGGCCCUCGAAGAGGCGGAGGCACAGCAGCAAGAGGAGCAGAACAAGAAGCAGGAGGCUGCCAAGAUCACAGCUGCCAAGGCUAAGAAGCUCAGGAGCCUGAACUGUGGGCACCUUUCGCCGAUUGCUGAAGAGGCAGAGCUUGACGAGGAGAGAGCAGCUCCAGUGGACUAUGACUUCGACUCGAACGUCUUUGGUAUGUUUGGGCGAGACGUGGGCAGUCAUCAGAGCACAAAGCAGGGUCGAAAGAGCGACGACUCCAAAGUCGACUUGGUUGCAGAGUUGCUCGAAGAGCAGCUCCAGCAGGCGAGCAUCGAAACUCGGAGGUGCAAAGAGCUGGCAGAGAUGGCAGCUCGUUUAGAGGUAGAGUGGCGGGACUACCUCAAGGAGUUAGCCAACAAGGCCGACGAGGAGCAGAGAAGGCAGGAGGAAAAGGUCUUGCCUCGGGGAGCCGCCGCCAUCACCGCGCGGCUUGCCACCGCGCUGAGGACCCAGUCUGCUGCUACGCGUGGACGUGCCCGAAAGCAGUUCUUGCUGGAGUGGCAUCCAGACAAACGGCCCGCAGACGAGCGCGAGACAGCCACGGCUGUUUGCCAAUGGCUGAAUGGCCCGGGUCGAAGCUUUGCGUGA